CUAACUUAAAUUUUAAAAUUAUUUCGAUAACAAAACGUGUUUUGUGCAAUUUGUUGACACGUUUUUUCUCCUGUUCCUGGCGUGUUUUCGUUGUCAACCUCAAUUUUUCGGUAAAAUCCCAGUGAAAAAUCUUGGGACGAAUUCGUAAAACCUGGCAACGCUAAACCAGUUCAGCCAACAGAAAAAAAAAUACUUGAAGAAACGUCAGAACAUAAAAAUAAUAUUUCUGUGUCAGAACUUCUGACUCAGAAGGUGCAAUAAUUUCACGGUUUUCAUCUAGUAAUUCGGUUUAUUUAUUAAUGAGAGUGUUUUUGUGCCAAUUUGUGUUAUUUAUUUAGCAGAAUCAGUGCAAGUUUUUGACAGGAAGAUAACCUCAAAAAUGGCUGAAAAAUCCGUAUCCUCAAAUGAUACCAACGCUGAAGAUUCCACAUCUACAGCCGAUAUAUCGAGAAUAGGGUCAUUCCCUAGCGAAACUACUCUUCUGAGCCCCGCUCAGACAUACUUCGCGGACGAAAAAAUACAGAUCCCAGAAACUGAAACGACUGGCUUCAGUUUAAAAAAACUAUGGGCUUUUACCGGUCCAGGAUUUUUAAUGUCAAUUGCUUACCUGGACCCAGGCAACAUUGAAAAUGAUUUGCAAUCUGGAACGGUGGCGCAAUAUAAAUUACUAUGGUUACUGUUAAGCGCCACCAUUAUGGGCUUACUAAUGCAAAGGCUGUCCGCCAGAAUAGGGGUAGUAACAGGCCUUCACUUGGCGGAACUUUGCUAUAGACAAUAUAGACAACUUCCAAGAUUGGUUAUAUGGUUCAUGAUUGAAAUAGCGAUCAUUGGGUCUGAUAUGCAGGAAGUAAUUGGUACAGCAGUUGCUAUUUACUUAUUAUCCAACAGAAGUAUACCAAUAUGGGUUGGUGUUUUGGUGACCAUUAUAGACACCUUUACUUUCCUAUUUCUGGACAAAUACGGUCUCAGAAAAUUGGAAACAUUUUUUGGCGUGCUCAUCACAGUCAUGGGCGUAACUUUUGGCUACGAAUUUUUUAAAUCCUCCCCCGAUGCCAUGGGCAUGGUCGAUGGUAUGUUCAUUCCGUGGUGCGAAAAUUGCGACUCGAGAGCCAUGGUGCAAGGAAUUGGAAUCAUAGGGGCCGUCAUUAUGCCGCACAAUUUGUACCUGCAUUCGGCCCUGGUAAAAUCCAGAGACGUUGACAGGUCGAAGCCGGAAAAAGUCAGGGAUGCCAACUUUUAUUAUUUCAUUGAAACGUGCAUUGCGUUGUUUGUAAGCUUCGUUAUUAACGUUUUUGUUGUGGCAGUGUUUGCCAAUGGAUUGUUCGGAAAAACCAACGCUGAAGUGCAUACACAAUGCCUUAAACAUCCUUCAAUAAAUGCGACAAUUUUCCCAGCGAAUGACAAUUCCACGGUAACUGCGAAUUUAUACAAAGGGGGCAUUUUUUUGGGCUGUACCUAUGGAAUAGCCGCUAUGUACAUAUGGGGUAUAGGGAUAUUAGCGGCCGGACAGAGCUCUACAAUGACUGGAACGUAUGCUGGCCAGUUUGCCAUGGAGGGUUUUCUUAAUCUGCAAUGGCCAAGGUGGCGUAGAGUUUUGCUGACCAGGUCAAUCGCUAUUGUUCCGACCUUUUUGUUGGCAUUUUUCAGUAACAUCGACGACUUGACUGGAAUGAACGAUUCUUUGAAUGCUAUAAUGAGUUUGCAGCUACCUUUUGCAGCUAUACCUUGCGUAGCUUUCAGCAGCAACCCGCAAAUUAUGGGGGAGUUCGUUAAUGGAUUGACAACCAAAAUCAUAUCAAUCAUGCUGAGUAUAUUAGUAAUAAGCAUAAAUACUUACGUGGUAGUGGAUUUAUUAAACAACUCGCAUUUUCAUUGGUACGCCAUUACAUUGGUGGUUAUAGUGGGCGUUCUAUACUUACUAUUCUGCGCCUACUUGGUCAUACACAUGGCUAUUUCUAUGGGUAGUACUAGAUUACUGAGGUAUAAGAUUGUGGAAAAAUAUAUUAUGAGUCCAAAUGAUGGUACCCUGCAAGUGGAUCCUAUAAGCUAUUCAAGGUAAAAAUGUUGUGUAUUUUUAUGUGGGUUUCUUUUUUCUUUAUACAUAUUAUGAUAUGCAUGCAAUUGUACAUACUUUUUGUUAUUUAACCUGGAUAAAUAUACUACAUUCACAUUUUUUACAGUGAAGAAAAUGCUUAAACGGAUAUUAUAAAUAAGGUAUACUUCAAACAAUGUAAUGCAUGUUAGCUUUGUAUUAUACAGGGUGUAAUAAAAUAACAGAUAUACUGUACAGGGUGUACCAGUGUAGAUUUUUUUUUAACCGUUAGUUAUCUGGGGUCUAAAAAAUUGUUCCUUACAAAUUAGGG